AUGCUUGGGCGGCGACGGUGGCCGACCGGCUCGUUGCGUGACUUCGUCCGCCUCAAAAGGAAAGGAAAGACGAAAGAGGCGGCUAAGGGUAGCUGGGUGCAGGUAAGGGAGACAGGGACGGGGAGAGUCGGAGGCGGAGAGGGAGGCGGAGAGCUGCGAGUGUCCGAGUCUAAAACGAUGUAUGAAAUGGAAUUUGAUUCUCUCACUGUUCCUAGAGUUGACGGCAACAUAAGUUCGGAUUCUUUGAUUUUCCCAAACAAAUCACAACCGAAACCGGGAGAUUCCUCCCUUUUGCAUUCCUCAAAACUUAUAUCAUCAAAGAGGGGACAUCCGACGUUGGCAUUAAUACGAUACUUAGGUGGUGCUACCUUUGUUACUUGUGUUGUGGUUGGAAUCAUAAGCAUUUUAGCGAAGCAAGAAGAAUUUAGAGUCAACAUAGGUUCCUUUGUUAGGGAUGUUUGCUUCUUCCUUUUAGUUCUUGCAUCCUUAAUUUUCAUCUUGAUUUAUGGCAAGAUCAAUCUUUGGGGUGCGAUGGGGUUUUUGUCGAUGUAUAUUGUUUAUGUGAUGGUUGUUUACUUCUCACAAGUCCUUUGGAAUGAUGGUAGAAAUGAAAGUGAAAGGGACGUUAAUCCAAGCUAUUGCAGUGAUUUGAAUGUACCAAUUUUAAAUAGCAUGGAAAAAGGGGAGCAAAAUUAUUUGAAGGAAUGUGGUUUAGAAUGUGGUACCGAAGUAGAAAUGAACAAAUGUUGCUUCGCGUACGAUUAUCGGCUCCUUGUAAGAUGGUCGAAGCCAACAACGGUUGCUUCAAUGACAUUGGCACAUGUUCUCUUAUCGACUCUUUGGAAUGCCCAAGAUGAUAGUGCCACCUUCAAUAAAAGUCUAAUGGUAUAUGGAAUCGGGUUGAUGUUCGGAAUGACAUUUGGGGUUCUUGCGUAUGCAACAACCGAGAAGUCAAGUCCACCGCGAAGUGCUUACUUUCUUGGCUAG